AUGGGUUCACCGUUAUCUCCAGUCAUGGCCCAUAUAUACAUGGAAGCCUUUGAGAAGAAAGCCCUGGAAUCCACAACGUUGAAGCCUAAGUACCGAUAUGUUGACGACACCUUCAUCAUCUGGCCCCAUGGACACAACACCGUCGUGGAUUUCCUGGAUCACUUCAAUGGGAUACGUCCAGAUAUCCAGUUUACCAAGGAAGUAGAGAAAAAUGCUGCCCUUCCUUUCUUGGAUGUUUUGAGAUAUCUGAAUGCAGAGUCCCACCACCACUCAGCCCAGAAGCAGGGGAUUAUAAAUACCUUGAUUCAUCGAGCGCGGAUCAUCAGCGAGCCAAGGUACUCUGCGGAGGAACUAGAACACCUACGCACGGCACUGAGAGGGAAUGGCUACACGGCGAGAAAUAUCGAACGAGCUAUCAAGAAGAGACAUACGCCCAUGGAAAAACAGGAGUACUUAGUGACGACGUAUCUACCUAAAAUCGGGCGUCUUCUGAAGAAGAGGAAUAUCAACACAGUAUUCAGCAGUGUAAAGAAGGUGGCGGCAGCGUUUCCAAAGACCUGCAACAACAUCCAGCUCCAGGGCCCCGGUGUGAACAGUAUUCCUUGCUCUUGUGGAAAGGCCUACAUAGGACAAACAGGAAGGCACAUCAACACGAGGUUAAAGGAACACAAAAGUCACCUCAAAAAUAACAACUGGGAAAAAUCGGCAAUAGCAGAGCAUAUGGCAUACACAAUUAAUAUGCAUUUUAUACUAGUAUAA